AUGAUUUUCAGUAUCGGUGACUGGAGUCGCCACAGGUCCUACUUGGCUAGCCUGUUAGCUGACGAGGAUAGUAGCUCAGGCUGCGUUUACCCUGCAGUUGUUGUGGAGUUCUUGUAUGUUUUUCCGGAGGAGUUGACGGAGCUUCCUCCUUUUCGGGAAGUUGUCUUUACCUUUGAUGUCAUUCUCGGUCCUAACCCUUUUGAGGGCACCACUGUUACUUCUAACUUUGAAUGGAGGAUUGUCCAGAAGAACAACAAGGUGGUUCCAACCACGUUUAUUGAACACUAUGCUCCUAAUACUAGCAUUGAAACUUGCUCAGAGCAGACACUUCCCCUUCAUAAUAAUGUUAGGCCUGAACCCCCUUUGUUAACAAAUAACCAAUUUGCCACAUUAUAUUCUGAAGUUGAACCUUCCACAACAGGUUGCUCUACUCCCAUUGACACUGAAAAUGAUCCUGAUAGCCACAACCAUGAUCAACACUCUGAAAUUGAGCCUUCCACAAUAGGCUGCCUUAUUCCUAUUGUCUAUACAAUUGCUACAGGUAGCCACAACCAAGAUCAAGUGGGUUAUAUGCAGGAUGAUGAUGUUAAUUCUAGCACUAGAAAAGCUAAAGCUUCACAUACUUCCUCUGACACUACCAUGUCCUCUUCAAGUCAUGGUAGUAAAAUAGGUAAUAGUGAUAAAAAAUGUAUAAAGGAUGAUACAGGGAAGAAGAAGAAGAAGGGUGACAUUACCCAAGAGAUGCCUAUUCUGGGCUUUCCAGAUUACAGAAGAAGUUUGUGGAAUGACAUCUGUCAAUUUGCUGCAGCUACUUCACAGACCCCAUGGAUUCAUUUAGGUGACUUUAAUGUCAUUAGGCACCCUGCAGUGUGUUUUGGUGGUUCUCAAAGAUGGACUCCUGCUAUUAAUGAGUUUAACACUUGCAUUCACACCUUUGAGCUUAGUUAUCUGAGGUAUUGUGGAAUACUCUUUACAUGGACAAACAAAAGCCUAGGAAUUGCCAAUAUCUCAGAAAAGCUUGAUAAAGUCCAAUCAAAUGAUAAAUGGCUUACAACCUUUCCCCUUUCUGAAUGUGAGUUCUUACCCCAAAGGAUUUCUAAUCACUCCCCAAUGGUGGUUAAGUUUGGUAACCCUAAUCCUAGAAGAAAUAUCCCUUUCAAAUUCUUUAAUUUCCUUGGUGAUCACAGGGACUUCCUAACCACUACUAGUGUUAUGUGGGGAGCUAAUGUGAAUGAUCACACUAUGUUCCAAGUGACUAGAAAACUCAAGCUUUUAAAACAACAUCUCAAACUCUUAAACACUAAAGAGUUUAGUGAGAUCUCUUCUAGAGUUAUUGAAGUUAAGGAGGCCCUUCACCAUUGUGAAAUGACUCUUGACUCUUACCCCUCUGAUGAACAUCUAAGAACUAGAGAAAAUGAGCUUCUUCAAGCUUAUAAUGAUGCAACAGUUGCGGAGGAAUCAUUCUUUAGACAAAAAUCCAGAAUUAAUUGGUUAAAGGAAGGGGAUGGGAACACUACUUUGUUCAUGAAAGCCUUCAACAACAGAUGCAACAAGAAAAAGAUUCUUAGCCUCCAUUUAAAUGAUGGAACCACCACUAAUGAACCUCAAGUGAUCAAGGAGGAAGCCCUCAACUAUUUUAACUCUAUUUUUGGUGGAGAAACUAGCAAUUAUUUAGGUAUGGAUGCUCUAAAAUCUGUGUACCACAAGACUAUUCCUGAUACUUUCAUUGCUCAGCUUAGUGUCAUUCCUUCUAAUAAAGAGAUCAUGAAGUGUUUUUUCACCCUCAAAAACAAUAAGUCUUCAGAUCUGAUGGGUAUAAUGCUUAUUUUUAUAAGAAGGCUUGGUCUGUUAUUGGAGAUGACACCACUAAGAUUAUGA